AUCAUGCAAUUAUGUUAUUAAUUUUUUAUUCUGGAAGGAAACUACACUUUAACAACGACAGAUGAUAAUCUGCGGCCACGCGUUUGGCCUUUUCUUUUCUACUUGCGAUAACUUGGAGAACUUCAAGAUGUCAACUCCAGAACCUAAAGCUCAAAUUACCCAUGUCAUCUUUGACAUGGAUGGAUUGUUGAUAGACACUGAGCGCUUGUAUACGAUUGUCUACGAUAAAGUCUGUGGGAAGUAUGGCAAGACUUUUACAUGGGAGAUCAAGCAGAAACUGAUGGGAAGAAAGACGAUGGAGUCCGCUCAGAUGAUCAUCGAUAUUCUUAAACUGCCGGUGAAUGCAGAGCAGUGGGUACGAGAGAUCAGUGAUGAAAUGACCACGAUCAUGCCUGAUGCAAAACUUCUUCCUGGUGCUGAUAGAUUUGUACGUCAUUUACACAAGCAUUCUAUCCCUAUCGCCGUUGCUACCGGUUCCUCUACGCCGGCAUAUGACCUGAAAACAACCCAUCACAAAGACUUCUUCAACCUGUUCCAUCACAUCGUCUGCUCUGGUGAUGACCUUGCGGUGCACCAUGGGAAACCCGCUCCGGAUAUUUUCCAGGUUGCGUCCAAUAGAUUCAAGGAGAAUCCACCAGCAUCACCCAGGAAUGUUCUCGUCUUUGAAGAUGCUCCCAACGGCGUGUUAUCAGGUAAAGCAGCGGACAUGUGGGUCGUGAUGAUCCCGGAUGAGAGGCUCAUCGGCACUGAUGAUACCAUCUCGGCUGAUCAAGUUCUCAAGAACAUGGAAGAUAUUAUACCGGAGGAGUGGGGUUUGCCCCCCUUCAAUCAGAGCUGAUGAAGAGUGGGUUUGCCUCCCUCCCUCCCCCUUCACAUGGAGAAGCUGAUGAAAGUGAAUGGAAGAAUUUAUACCUGAGGAGUAGGGUAUGCGCCUUCACAGAGAGAUAAAUUUAAGAUCUUUGUUCCUCUCACCCAGGGUUAUUGAUGAACUUUAUGGUAAAUUUUAUACCAGGCUAGGGAGUUUUUCUCCAAUUGCUGAGGGGAAUUUAAUCCAUAGAUCAAUAGAUCAACGGCUCUUCCAAUUUUUGUUUUGGCAUUAUUAUCCCAAAUGGUCUAAAGUAUAUAUAUGUAGUGAAUACUAAUGUUUAAAUAUGAAGAAUAU